GCGAUAGAAAGGGAUUUCACAUCUGGACCAGAAUCUAGAUCAGGAACCCAACAGAGACAGUAAGGCCAUGUCCAGCUCCAUCAAGAGACGACACUCCAACAAGCAGGGCUUGCAGAACCUCAUAAGGGUGACAGCCCAACGCAGCCAAGAGGAUGCUGAGGAGGUGGAGCGCGAGCGCAGACGGAGAUCCAGGGAGCAGCCCAGGGAGCAGUGUGAGCAUGGAGACCAGGGGGGCAGGCCCACCUGGGCCCCGAGCCCUAACCCACCACAGGACCCCACACCUCCAACAGCACAGUACGACGAGGAAGUGAAACCUCCUCAAAGCCGAUUGGUUCUGGAAGAGGAUGAGGGCUUUAGCGAUUGGACCCAAAGGUUGGAGAACCGUAAGGAAAGCCUCCUGAGGCAGGAGCACAGCCGGAGGUCUGAAGAGAGCCGUUUCACUCACAAGCAGAAGCUCAAACACCAGGAGGAGGAAGAUAAAAAGGGGGAGGGGCCAGAGACCCGAGGCAGCAUCACGACUCCAGGAACUUCAAGAUACUCAGAGGAAAAGAUAUGUGACAGGAAAAAGGACAUUGUGAUAUCAUGCAGCUCCUCCGUCUUGAAUUUACCCCAGAAGGCGAGGAGCCUAGCGCCCAAGGUCCUGCCGAGGAACAUCAGCUCUCUUGAAUCAGAAACGACGAGGCCCUGCUCGCCCACUCACAGAGACCUGCACCUGGUGGAUGGAGAGGGGGCUGGGGCCUUCAAGGGUCUGGAUGAGGCCUGUCAAACACACAGGGACAGAGGGGAGCGGGUGGUGGGGGAGAUGAAAUGCAGGACGGCAGAGCAGCCGCACGAUAUGGCAGACCUCCAUUACAGCCUGGAUGAAAGAUGUCGGCUUCAGGAUGUGGAGUUGGAGAGUCACAUGACCAUGCAGGAAGAAGAAUUGGGCAGUGAGGGGGGUGAUCAGCUGACGCAGACCUCACACAGUAACCAUGGAGACACGUUGGAGACAAACCCCUAUGGGCCCAUGGGCCCAACGUUUAAGAAACUUCUCAUUCGGUUUUAUCCCAAAACGGAGCCCUUAACUUGCUCGUUAAAUAAAAGCAUGAGAAGAACACUGUCACCUACAGCUGAUUCCAAGAUUGAUGACUACACACAUGAUUUCAAGAGCAAUGCUAAAACAGCUAAACCACCGGCCACAGAACUUGCCAAUCCCAGUGAGCCUGUUUCCUUCAAGAAAAACCUGUUCGAGGCUGGUGAUGCAUGGACCCAGAACUCGGUUAAGGUCACACUGUCCAAGGAUGCCGAAGGACUUAAAGUGGGCGUGGCUGACCUCAUCAACCAAUGGGUGAAGGCAAGCCCAGAUGGCACCAGAAGCAGUUCCCCUACCAAACCAGCAGAGAUUAAACCGGGGGAUGUUUUAUGCAAGAAGAACUUGUGGGAGAACCUUGGUGAUUCAUCAUCUCCUGGGAGAGGAGGCAAGGGGAGCUCCCCUGGCAAAAGAUACAAAUUUGUGGUGUCAGGUCAUGGCAAGUACGAGAAGGUGGCUGUAGAUGAUAACGACUGCAGUGAACAUGACAAAUAUAAGUCAGCUGGAGAUUACCAUGAAGAUUUGUGAAGGACACCUUGGAGUCUGAAGAAUUUUCAAAAACUGGAAAGCCCUUUUUGAAAGAAAUCCGCUUUUUUUACCUAUGUUUCUUUCAAAAACAUUCCUAGCACUCCAUCGAAUUGCAGAUUUUUUUCAGUUCACAUCAAUGUGAAUGCAGAAUAUAUUCAUUUAUUGUCUGUAUUUAUCCCGGUUACCAUCUUUUUUAUAUUUUUGCAAUAUAUGUAUUACUUUCCUUUAUUAAUAACAUACAAUUCCCUAAAGUUAAUUCACGGAUUUAAACUUGCUAUGCUGUGAUUAAUGUCUCUUGAAAAGUAUUAUCACACUAGCUAUUUAGAGUCCUAAUUCUCUGAAAAUGAACCCGGCUUAUUAUGAUAUUGCGUGUGUAUCAAAAGCAGGGACAAAACUGUGCUCUCAUCAGGAUAGGUGCUGUAUAGCUGUAUGAAACGCCUUCAACCAAAAUAGAAAGGCAUGUAACUUGUUACUUCUGACUAGGAUACAUGAUGAAUUAGCUCUGAAAAUAGUCUUCCAAAAAGGAAUAUGUCUGGCUGAAAUAUGGACUUAAAUAAACUGGAUCUAACUCCAACUGUUUCAGAAGGCAAUUAAA